AUGUAUCCAAAAUUUGGCCAAAUUGGCAUCCGCGAGCAAGUGAAAUAUGAGAAAGUUCCCGACGAGAUGGCCUCGUUUGAGGAUGGCCGGUCCGACCACCAGCAGGCUUCAGAAUAUAGCACUCCACAUCAGGGAUUGUGUAGGACAAUUAGACUAAGCACAGUGCUUGCGAUUCAAGUUGUUCUCUUGACUGGGUAUACAUUUUGUUUCUUGAUCAUCUGGACUAUCGCACUCAGAAAGAGGAGUAGUGAGGGCAAUAUUACCUUCUCGCCGGCUCAAGAGGCAGUGCACCUUGAGCCUCUCGAAUUCGAUGGAAAUCUCAUUAUACAAAACAAAUACAGUGGCAAGCCACGCCCGGCGCUAGACAAGGCUUGGGACGAUCUAUUGCAGUGUAAGACAAGUAUCAAGGACAUGAAGAAGUGA